AUGCAGCAGCUGUCCGCGCCUCUGUUGCCGCUGCUCCAGUCGGCGGCCACCAUCAGCCAGCAGCGCGACCUCAUCGCCGCCAUCUCGAGGUCGUCGCCCAUCCUCGUGCCUGCAGAGAUCAUCGAGACGGUCCGGCCGCAGCUGCCCGGCCAGCUGCCCUACCUCGUCCUCGCAGCGCCCCAGCUCACCGCCGACCAGGCCGCCGAUAUCCUCGACAAGGGCGCAGAGGCCAUCGUCACCGCCGACGCCGCCCUCAUCGACAGCUUCGACGUCGACACCUCGUCCACCCGCUUCAUCUUCCACUCAGCCUCUGGCACUCCGGACGCUGGCCUGCUCGCCAAGGUCGCCGGCGCCGUUCUGACCGUCCCGACCGCCUCGGAUCUCUCGUCCGACGCUACGCUCGCGUCGGUCAAGGCCGCUGCAGACGGGCUCAAGUCCAAGACGAGCGGAAAGAGCAUCUUUGUCCUCGCCACCGCCGGCACGCCCACCGUCGCCGACGUCGAGAAGCUCGCAUCCCUCUCGGCCGCCCUCAUCGUCCCCACGACAUUGCUCAGCGCUUCCGAAGAGGGCCAGCAGGAGUCUGGCAAGCUCGACCUGGUCGACGCCUUCCUCGCCCCGCUCAAGUCGGACCGCUCCGACAAGCUCUUUGCCACCCUCGUCGUUUCGUCGGCAUGUUCCACCUCCCUCGGCCUCGUCUACUCCUCACCACUAUCCAUCCGCAAGUCGAUCCUCAGCGGCUCGGCCCACUACCAAUCACGGAACCGCGGUCUGUGGCACAAGGGCGAGAGCAGCGGUGCCACUCAGGAAGUCGUCAGCAUCCGACAGGACUGCGACAGCGACGCCGUCGAGUUCCGCGUGCGCCAGAAGAAGGGCACGGCCGCUGCCGGCUUCUGCCACCUCGAGAACCGCGAGGGGUGCUUUGGCUCGGCCACGGGUCUUGCCAAGCUCGAGUCGACUCUCCAGGAGCGCAAGCGGUCGGCCCCGGCCGGCUCCUACACCGCCCGCCUCUUUACGGACCCUUCGCUGCUCGGCGCCAAGCUGCGCGAGGAGGCGGCCGAGCUGGCGGAUGCCAACAACGACGACAAGGAGCACGUCGCGUUCGAAGCCGCCGACCUCAUCUACUUUGCGCUGACCAAGUGCGUCAGCGCCGGCGUGGGCCUCGAGGACAUCGAGCGCAGCCUCGACGCCAAGUCCAAGAAGGUCAGCCGUAGGAAGGGCGAUGCCAAGGCGCAGUACGCCAAGCAGCAGCAGGAGGCCGAGGCCAAGGGUAGCGCGAAGCCCGCCGCCGCGCCGGCCAAGCCCGUCCUCGACGCCAACGCCCCGAUCAAGAUCCAGUCGCACCGCCUCGAGAACAUCACACCGCAGCAGCGCGUCGAGCUCCUCAAGCGACCCGCGCUCAAGACGGAGCAGAUCAUGGACCUCGUCCGGCCCAUCCUGAGCUCGGUCAAGGAGCGCGGCGACGCCGCCCUCCUCGAGCUGACGGAGAAGUUUGACAAGGCCAAGCUGCCCAACCCGAUCCGCCUGCCUCCGUUUACCAACGACGAGGUGAUGGCCAAGAUCAAGCCCGAGGUCAAGACGGCGAUCGACGUCGCCUACCGCAACAUCUACGCAUUCCACAAGGCGCAGAAGACGACGUUCGGCAACAAGUCGGCCAGCGAGGUCGGCGGCGCCGACGGCAAGGGCGUCGACCCUAGCUCUGGCGAGAGCGCCGAGGACGGAGUGCUCGAGAUGGAGACGAUGCCCGGCGUCGUCUGCCGGAGGUUCGCCCGCCCCAUCGAGAGGGUCGGUCUCUACGUGCCUGGAGGCAGCGCCGUUCUGCCCAGCACGGCCCUCAUGCUCGGUAUCCCUGCCCAGGUGGCGCGCUGCCCGACUGUCGUCCUGGCCACGCCGCCGCGGCCCGACGGCUCGAUCAGCCCCGAGGUGCUGUACUGCGCCGACAAGGUGGGCGCCACUGCCAUCCUGUGCGCCGGCGGUGCGCAGGCCGUCGGCGCCAUGGCCUACGGCACCGAGUCGUGCCCCAAGGUCGACAAGAUCGUCGGUCCGGGCAACCAGUUCGUCACUGCCGCCAAGAUGCUCGUCCAGAACCAGAUGGACGCGCAGGUCUCGAUCGACAUGCCCGCCGGACCGUCCGAGGUGCUCGUCAUUGCCGACAACUCGGCCGACGCCGGCUUCGUCGCCUCGGACCUGCUCUCGCAGGCCGAGCACGGUCCGGACUCGCAGGUGGUCCUGGUCGGCAUCGACCUGACGGACGCCAAGCUGGCCGAGAUUGAGCGCGAGGUCGACGCCCAGGCGCGCGCGCUGCCGCGCGUCGACGUCGUGCGCCAGGCCAUCGACAAGAGCGUCACCAUCAUUGUCAAGACGCGCGAGGAGGCCAUCGAGUGGAGCAACGACUACGCGCCCGAGCACCUCAUCCUCCAGACCGAGAGGCCCGAGGAGCUCAUCAAGGGCGUCCGCAACGCCGGAAGCUGCUUUGUCGGACAGUGGAGUCCCGAGAGCUGCGGAGACUACAUGUCGGGCACCAACCACUCGCUGCCGACGGCGGCCUAUGCGCGCUCCUACUCGGGCGUGAGCGUGUCGACGUUUGAGAAGAACAUUACCUCGCAGUCGCUCACCGCCGAGGGCCUCAAGGGAUUCGGGCAGCACGUCAUCGACCUCGCCCAGUGCGAGGGCCUCGAGGCCCACGCCCACGCCGUGCGCAUCCGGCUGCAGAGGAUGCAGGGCCUCUGA